CAGAAUGAAAGUGACAGUUCCUGGGAGAAACUGAAUUUUGUAUUAAGGCUGUCUUGUGUUGAAAAGGGAACCUGUAUUUCCAGGAGGCCUCCAACCAGAGCCCAUUCUGAAUGGGUCUGGAAAUUUAGUUCUGCUUUUGUUCCUCCCCUCUGAGGAGUUGUACUGGAUAUUUGAAGAUCAUGAAUAAUUAUUGAUAUAAAGUUUGUUUUUGUCUCAUGUUUUUGAACCUGUCUUUUGAGAGGCUGGGUAAGGAUGGGUGAAAAUUGGAAGAAGAAUCCUGGUCUCUGUCAUUCUCCAAAAGUUUUAUGCAUACAAGUUCCUCCAUCUGCUCAGGAUACCUACUUACUGAAGGACCUGAAGCGAGGCCAGAAAUGCUACCUCUAUAGCAUCAUGAGAGUUUAUGACAGCAAACCUCUGAGGGAAAUGCUGUCCCAUCAGUACAUGCUCAACCUCCAGCAUCAGAAUUUGCUGGGUCAUAUUACUGAGCAUGAAGUCAGGUUUUACACCUCCUUCCUGGAUCAAGCUGAAGAGAGAGACCCAAGGAAGGUCUCAGCUAGAAAAGUACCUCUCUGAAGUCCAGUGUUGGGAGAAGUCAACUGGAAUUAACAGCCUGUAGUUCAUAGAAUGUAAGGCCAGAAGACAUCACUGUGAUCAUCUAGUCUGACCUGCUGUAUAACACAGGCCAUAGAACUCCUCCAAA